GGGUACCCACCCGGUGCGGGUGCGGAUGAGCGAAUGGGUGUUCCCCCCGCUGACAGAGUUGGUCCUGGUGUGGGGGGGCCUGCUGGAGGUGCUGGCGCUGGGGGUAUUAUGGACGUGCGAGAGGUGAUUCGGACGUUGUCAUGCGUGAUAGGGAGAGAGAUGGGAGGGAUAGGAUCGAUCGGGAAAGGGAGAGAGAUAGAGACAGAGAAAUGAGGGAACGUGAACGUGAUAGGGACAGAGAACGCGAUAGGGAGCGGGACAGAGAUAGAGAUAGGGGUGAGAGGGAGUUGAGCUUGAGAGAGAAAGACAGAGACAGAGAGGGAAGGCGGAGGGAGAAGAUCAAAGCUGAACAUCACUUCAUCGGACGCCAUGGACCUUCCACAGGUCCCAAUGCUUUCGAACCUGUUCCCGGACUAGUUCCCGUUCCUCCCGUCUCAGGUUCCGGCCCUGGACCCAUUCCUGCCCCCCAACAACAACAGUUAUUAGUGACGAAGCCGACAACGGCCAUUGUCAGUGCGAAUCCAUUGAGUGAUUUGGAACCUGAUCAAGUUCCGCCGGAGCUGAAGAAAGAAGGAAGUGAUUGGUGGGCUAUAUUUAAUCCGGCCGUGCCUAGGAUGUUGGAUAUCAGUCUUAGUUUAACGUUGACGCAUGAGAGCGUGGUUUGUUGUGUGCGGUUCUCAUCGGACGGGAAAUACCUCGCUACGGGAUGCAAUCGCACGGCUCAAAUAUACGAUACGAAGACGGGCGCUAGAACCUGUGUGUUGUCUGAUGAAGCAGCAAACAAAUCAGGGGACCUUUAUAUCCGAAGUGUGUGCUUCAGUCCAGAUGGGAAGUUCCUUGCCACUGGAGCUGAGGAUAAACUUAUUCGGAUAUGGGACAUUGAACGUCGAACAAUUCGGCACCGCUUCGAAGGCCACACACAAGAAAUUUACUCACUUGACUUCUCACGCGAUGGGAAGCUAAUCGUCUCGGGAUCGGGAGACAAAACCGCACGUAUAUGGAAUAUGGAUACGGGGGACUGUAAAAUCCUGACGAUCAUCGAGCCUGAGUCGAUCGAUGCGGGGGUGACCUCCGUAGCGAUCUCGCCUGAUGGACGAUUCGUGGCCGCUGGAUCGUUGGAUAUGGUUGUGCGUAUAUGGGACGUUGCGAGUGGGGCGUUGGUAGAGAGGUUGAAGGGGCAUAAAGAUUCGGUUUAUUCAGUGGCAUUUUCGCCUGACGGGAGGGGUUUGGUGAGCGGGAGUUUGGAUAAGAGUUUGAAGUAUUGGGAUCUAAACGAGCUGGGGAGGAUCGUGCCGAGGCCAGGGAUGGGUGCUGUACAGGCGUUGCAGCAGAGUACCAGGGUUCCCAGUAAUUCGGUGGGGGUUCCGUCUGAUAUGAAAGAUGGUGGUGGUGACAGGGGGAGUCCCUGUACGGUUGCGUUUACGGGCCACAAAGACUAUGUCCUCUCUGUGGCGGUAUCACCUGAUGGAGCGUGGGUUGUUUCAGGUUCGAAAGAUCGUGGAGUCCAGUUUUGGAAUCCGAAAGAUGCGCAGACGCAGCUCAUGUUGCAGGGACACAAGAAUUCGGUUAUUUCGAUCGACUUGAGUCCUGCGGGUGGGUUGCUUGCUACUGGGAGCGGAGACUGGCAGGCGAGGGUUUGGAGUUAUUCCGUUCUCUAAACACAAAACAUGGAUACGACAAGGACUUUCCCUCUGCCUCAAACUCCACAUCGCUGUCCAAUACGACCCAGGUCAAAUGGCUCCUUUUUUUCAACCU